CAUCAUCAUGUCGCUACGGCGCAAGUCUUGCAACGCCUGCUUCAAAGGCCGAAGAAAGUGUAAUCUUGCACAUCCAGUGUGUGACAACUGCAGGAGAACAAAUAAGAUCUGUCGAUAUGCAUACCCGCCCAGCCCGGCUGGACCCACCAGCGAACGACCCGUUGCGCCAGACCAGACAAGCGCCUCGCUGACAGCACAACGCAGUGUGACCACUGCUGAUCUAGAGUUUGAGUUUCUGGAGCCAUCGGUGAUGAUGAUGACAGAUCUAUCUGCCUGCGACUCACAGCUACAGCAUUCCCUGGGAUCUUCACCUAGCCAGGGACUACCACGAGCCACGGCCGGCUUUUCGCCAGAGAGUAUCUCAUUUUCAGCAACGUCUAAACUUGUAGGUACACUCGGCGAGGUCCAACCAUUACAAGGCAGUACGCGGUCAUGGCAGUGGGUAAUGGACGAGCUCAAAGUUUAUCCCAGGGAAUUUGCCCAACAGGGAGAGACAGUCUUUAUGCAUCGCGACCUAUACCGAGGCGAGAUGCCACAGCCUAUCCGAACAGCCUUUGGUGCCUGUUCCUGCCUCUGUCUCAACAUCAAGUCAAACAGGGAGAUGGCCUUUCGUGUGAUAGACGCCGAAGUCCUCGAGCUGCUCAAACCAACCGAACCGAGUUCGAGCCCUGAUACAAAGCCAGCUGCGGAUCUGAAAGAGCUCGCGCGGCUACAAGCAUUACUGCUCUACCAGACCAUCCGGCUCUUCCAGGGCAGCCUGCAGCAGCGGAUCACGGCUGAGCAACAGGGGUCGACUCUCAUGACUAUGGCUCUCAAGCUCGUUGUCCGCGCCCAAUCCCAGCCUGAGCUGCGAACGCCAAAGACGCGACAGGACUGGAUACUCGGCGAGUGUAUCCGACGCACCGCGCUCCUAGUCUACUUUCUCUACGGAGUCAACUCGGUGUAUCGUGAAGGCAUCUGCGUGGGACUGCAUACUUUGCGGCAGCUGCCCUUGUCAACCGAGAUAUCUUCCUGGGAUGAAGACGGCGAAUGUGAGGUCCGGGAAGACCAACGGCAUUCGCGUUGGGAGGCUAUCGAGACGUUCCCCUACGAAGCGUUCCUAGGGCGUUGGCUUGUUUCGAUGCCGCGGCGGCUGGAUCGCUUUGAAAAGCUGCUGAUUGUCCCGUGCCAGGGGCUGGAGGCUGCUGAGGCAUUCGAAGAGUUGGGGUUGUUGGUUGCGUAGGUUCUGAAAUUCUGUGGGUCUGCUUUGAACACAGCUUAGUUAUCUUUAUUGUGCCUAUCUGACGGAGGCUGGACUGCUUCGUUCCGGUUCCAAUUCACCGCCCUCCACCUUGGUUCAUAGCUAGCUUCUCAGAUAGUUGGAUCUCACCAUCUUCAUGGCCGCCAUCAUUAUAAUCCUAUAGGCGGCUAAUAUAGGC